AUGAAAAUACAACCAUGCGGCGUUGCUUCUAAUGCAGAGCAUGGUCUGGUAUUUGUACUUUCCCUUGCUAUAAUAGACUAUACACCAGGCAAACAUGAACCAAAUGUUUUAUUCGUAGUUGUUUGUUCGGGACAUAAUCGUAUUAGUAGUGUAUUUACCCCAAUACCAAUCGAAAUAAAUUAUCUCCAUUGGGCAUCAAAGAUUUUAUCCCAAAAUAAUCCACAGCGAGCAAAAGUUCUUCAACACACUACGUCGAUGGAUGAAGGUCGCCAAACGUUGUUCGAUGAGUACUUCGGCAUUUCAAAACUAUCGAAUGCCAUUAGUGAGCUCAUACCGGCAGUGAAAAGCGAGGGCAACGUCACUGAUAUAUUCACACGACAAGCUAGCCAACGAGAUUCAGCAAAGGAUUCUCUUCUCACAGAUAUACUUAUGUGUACAACGGCUGCACCCACUUAUUUUCCUGGCUACCGACUCAAAAAUAGUGUAUAUGUUGAUGGUGGCGUACAGGCAAAUAAUCCAGCAAUGAUCGCUUACAAUCAUACUCUAAAUUUGUAUCCAAAUUGUGACAGAACGGCUUUUAUACGGCUUUUAUCCUUGGGUACUGGUGAUUAUGUCCCCGAUCCGCUCCAUCCUGAUGCCAGUCGGAAUCUGCUUUUCUGGGCUCGAAAUCAUCAAUCUGUAAUUAAAAAAAAAUACUGA